AUGGCAGCCCAGCACCUCAAAGCACUUGCCUUGCUGCUCUCCUUCCAGAUCAUCGGCGUCUUCUCCACGUUCACCAACUUGCCUGACGUUCCCCCAGGCGACUUCAACGUCAGCACUCGGAUCGAGAUCCGCAGCACCAAGCACGCCGCCUGGGAGGCUCUCACCGAUUUCGCUCGUUACCCGGAAUGGAACCCGUUUGUGCGCGCCUCGAUCAUGGUCUCAUCUGACAACAUCACGCUCCCGGACCAGUAUCCCAGAGAAGGUCGUCGUCUGUUCUUGCGCACUCAAAUACCACCUCUGCCCAUACCUGUCGAUAAAGACACACCAGAUGUCGAGCUCCACACACAGUACUCUUACGAAAACGUCACGCAUGUCCAACGCGGCCGAGGACGACUAGCAUGGGCUUCGAACGACUCUUCCAUCCAAGCGGAGAGAUGGUCAGCUGUCAGCAACCUUGGUCGUGGCAGAAUGCUCUAUGAGAGCCGGGAGGUCUUCAACGGCGCGCUGGUCAAGGAUCUGGCGACGCAGCUUGGGAAGGCUCUGCAGGCUGGGUUUGAUGCGCAGGGUCAGGCACUCAAGCUGCUGCUUGAGGAGUGCGACAGAGAUUGA